AUGGAAAGUACAAAAGAAGGAUGUAUUAAAAAUAUCUUGUUAAUCGGAAAAACUGGUUGUGGAAAAUCCACAUUAGCCAACGUAUUAACGAAUACAUAUGACUUUAAAGAAAGCUACAGUGCUAAAAGUGAAACUAAAAAUGUACAAGCAGCGGAAUUCAAACAUGAUGGAGUAAAAUUUCGUGUAAUUGAUACGAUAGGAAUUGACGAUACAGACUUGCCACAAGAACAAGUAUUGUAUCAAAUAUUACAAGGUGCAACUUACUAUAUCGAGAAAGGAUUGGAUUAUAUUUUUUUUGUAUUCAAUUCUUCUGUUAGGUUCAAUAGAGAAGAGAAAAGGGUUUAUGAAUUAUUCGAAGGAGAAACAAUUUUUGGAGAAAGGUUAGGAGAUUAUGCAACUAUAAUAAUGACUAGAUAUUCCAAAUUCAAAUCUCCUGAAAGAUGCGAAGAAUAUAAACGGUCGUUGAAUGACAAUCAAUUUGCAUCGGAAAUAGCCAUAAAAUGUGAAGAUGUUAUUUUUAUUGACAAUGAUAGGCCUGAAGAUAGAGAAGAAUCAAGAAGGAUAUUGCUGAAUUACUUGAUAACUUGUAAAAAAGAAGAUAGUUAUAAACCAAAUGGGUCGCUUGCUGAUUUCUGUAAAAUAGUUAAUGUAUUUGACUUGUUUAUUGAAGAAAUGAACGAAAAAAUUAAUAAGUUAUUUGAAAUCUUUAAAAGUUUAGAGAAAAUGUUGCCAAAUCUCGAAAACAAUCGUAAAAAGACAAUAGAUUGUAUUGAAACGAAUAAGAUGGAAUUAAGCAAAGAGCUAAUGAACCUAAGCAACAAUAAUGAUAAUAACAUAAUUUUAAGUGGAUUAAGUACUACACUUCUUAGAUAUUCCGAACUCGGUUUUCUUGGAGCAGCUGCAAAUACGGCCAUAUUAACUGCUAUUGCUUCAUCUCCUAUGAGUUUGUUAAUAGUAAUAGCCCCAAUGAUUCCUUUAUGGGUGAAUAGCUUUUUAUAUAUUCAUAAUGGCAAUUUAGCCAAUUCGAAAGAAAAAAAACUUCAUAAGGAAUUCAGUGAUAUUAUGAAUGAAGAUUAUGAAGGAAUUAAGAUGCUUAUAGUUAAUUUAAAUGAGCUAAAUAAAAUUCAUGAAGAUAUUAAAGAUAUUAUCGAACGCUAUAGAAUCUCUCAAUAUAAAAAAGAAAAAAUAGACAAAAAUAAAAUUGAAAUAUUCGACGAAAUCAUAACAGAAAACUUUGAAGUAAAAAAACUUAACCAUAAUGAAAAAGAAUAUGAUUAUUCUAAUUUCAGUACCAUAGAAUAUAUUAAAGAUGAUUUUUUAGGAUUUUUAGGAUAUAUUAUACCAUUUUUUCCUCUUUCUGGUAUUAGAGGAUUAGUAGCGCUCUUUAACAAAAGUUUUAAUUCUCAACAAGUAACAGAAGAAGAGGUUAGCAAAAAAACUUUUUGUAAAAAAACCUUUAGUGAUAUGGAAAAUAUCACAAAAUCAUUAGAAGAAGGAUUGAGUUAUAUUAAAGAAUUACGUUCAAAUAUAGACGAUAAGAUUGAAAAAUGUAACAAAGCUAAAGAGGAUAUAGGAAGUAUUUUAAAGCACCAAAAAUUAGAUAGUUUACAAGACCAAGAUCAGAAAUUGGAUAGUUUACAAAGGCAAAAAUUGAAUAGUUUACAAGACCAAAAAUUGGAUAAUUUGCAAAAUCAAAAUUUGGAUAAUUUACAAAAUCAAAAAUUUGAUAAUCUACAAGAAAUGCAAAAUUAUCAAUUCGAUAUUGAAUUUGCCCCUUUUGACGAAGCGAAGCUAGCUUUAUAUAAUGAAUAUAAAAUAUAA